AUGGACUUUUUAAACUUUGACUUUGAUGAGGAUGAAGAUCAGAAUGGCGAGAUGUCGGAAGGCAGCACAUCUGCAGAGAUCCUGUCCCUUACCGAUGCCACCGAAACUGCAGAAGAGAAGGCGCGGGAAGACAGCUCUGACACAGACCUUGAGAUAGAAGAUGUUGAGCGAUCAUUUGCAACCAUAAAGGGUGCCGAGUUGUACAUAGAGGCUUGCAAACUGGUGGGAGUAGUUCCUGUCUCAUACUUCAUUCGGAACAUGGAAGAGCCCGUCAUGAACCUUAACCAUCAUGGGCUUGGACCGAAGGGAACCAAAGCCAUUGCCAUUGCUCUGGUUUCCAACACGACAAUCACUCACCUAGAGCUAGAGGAUAACUGGAUUCUGGGGGAAGGAACCACAUACCUGGUGCAGAUGCUGCGGGAAAACUGCUACAUCCAGGAGAUGAACAUUUCCAAUAAUCACCUCAACACAGAUGGAGCUGAAGCGAUCUGCAGGAUGUUCUUCAAUAAUAUUUCUAAUAUCCGAGCCAUUCAACUGGCAGGAAACAACUUUAGGGAAGAGGCAGCCCUGUAUUUUUCUGAAUCGUUAAUGGCCAAUUAUAGAGUGAUAGAGCUGGACCUCAGCCACAACGAGUUUGCUGACAAGGCCGGAGAGCAGUUGGGCCAGAUGCUCGCCAACAAUGAGUCGCUGGAGAUCCUGAACCUGAGCUGGAAUCAACUGCGGAUGAAAGGGGCUGUGGCCCUGAGCGCCGGCCUGAGGGCCAACGGGUCAUUGAAGAUACUAAACCUCGCAUGGAACGGCUUUGGAAAUGAGGGUGCGUUGGCCCUUGGGGAGGCCCUCAAGGUCAACAAUGUUCUAACCGAACUUGACAUCAGCAGCAACCACAUCAACAACGAAGGGGCUGUAAAACUGUGCAGGGGAUUAGAAGUCAAUGGAACCCUUAGAAUCCUGAAGAUUUCGCAUAAUCCUCUUACAGUAGAGGGCGCCAUUGCUCUUGUCACCUCUGUGAGGAAGAAUUCAAAAUCCAGAAUGGAAGAAAUCAACAUCUCAAAUGUGCUGGUAAAUGAAGGCUUCAUCAAGCUGCUGGAUACCGUCAGUGAGAUACGGCCUGAACUUGAUGUCAUCUAUGGAGGGGUUGGAGGCUACAUUGCCAAGAAACCAGAACAGCUUCCAGAUGCUAUGAAGCUGAUUCAGAACUACUUGGAUGAGCGUAAGCUGAGACUCUGGGAUUUCUUUAGGAAUAUGGAUAAAUACGGCAACAUGAAAAUUCCUGUGGCAGAGUUUCGGAGAACCAUGUUGCUGCAAACAAAGAUUCCUCUGGACCGGGCACAGGUUACAGAAUUGGUACACAAGCUGGACCAGAACAGGACAGGGCACGUGGACUACAGUCAUUUUAAAGUUCAGGAGCCAGAGCAGAAGCCUAAGGAGGAGAAGGAAGAAGAGGAAGAACCCUAA